UCUGUCCAAAUGGCGGAAGCUCCAGGAAAUGAAAACCCUUUGGGUUAUGACGAGGACUUUGUGAAUAGAGUCGAAGACGAUUUCCUUUGUGAAAUUUGCCAUCUGCCACUUAGGGACCCACUUCAAGCGAAAUGCGGUCACAGAUUCUGUAAGGGGUGUCUUGAGGAACAUUUUAGAAGGCUGGAGAACGAUGGCCAGCCUUCAACUUGCCCCGUGGAUAGAGACGCUUUAGACAGAGACAAGCCGGAUGUCUUCGCAGAUAAAGCGGUAGAACGACAAAUACUUUUCUUUGUUAUUAAAUGUCCUUGUGACGGUUGCCAAUGGACUGGGAGACUGAGGAACAAAGAGGAUCAUAUUGGGACGUGCUUGAAGUACCCGGUCACCUGUCCUAACAGCUGUGGUCUGUCAAUUCCAAGGGAACUGGAAAAAGUACUCAAAGACAAAAAGAAAGUUUUAGAAAGGGAAAACGGAACUUUUCUCUGGGUGAUUCAUGAUUUUAAUGAAGUGUUCAAACAAUCCAAGGCCGGAAUUAAACAAACAGUAGAAAGUGUGAUUCCCCACACAGCAACCUAUGGCUAUAAUUUAAAAGUAAGAGUUAAUUCCAAUGGCGAGGGAUCUGGCAGUAAUACUCACCUUUCGGUAUUCAUUGUUGUAACGAAAGGUGAAUAUGACGCCAUAUUAACCUGGCCCUUUAAGAAGAAAGUGCAAUUAACACUGAUUGAUCAACAGGAAGAUGAAGAUAAACGGGAAAAUGUUAGUAAACUACUUAAUCCGGAACGCGCCUUGACUUACUUUUCUAGGCCCAAAGAGAAGAACUUAGUAUGUGGCCUUCCAAAGUUCAUAACUCACGAGAGGCUCAAUUCAAGGAAGUACCUAGUAAACGAUACUCUAUUAAUACGAGUUGAGAUUCAAGAACCUCGCAAAUGACUUCUUGGUCACGAUUUUUGGACCAAAAGUCUUUUUUAAAGGAUUAUUUAGUUGAUUAUCAUAACUGUAGGAAACUUCCUUGGUGAAUAAUGGAAAGCUUGCUUUAUGAUCUAACGUUUGCCAUUUAAAACUCAAUUUGAUGCUUUUUUUUAGAUUUCAAUGAAAUUAUUUUAAGACAGCUAUGGUUUUUACGGGUUUAAACUGUUUUUGUGUGAUAAGUGGAACCGGAAAUUAAAUAAAGUUUACUCAAUUGUGGAGCGCACCAUAUAAAUGCUUCGGAAUAAGCUUUGUAUACUAACGACAAGGUGCUAAGCUGUAUUAAAGAUGUACAACGUCUCUUUGGA